GCUGCUACCAUCACAGCCAAUUGUCUGGAUGAAAAGCAGGCUCUGCCUCACUCACCGCUGUGUGCUAGCUUGUGCCUGAGCAGCAGGUUCAGGAUCAUAGUUUCUGAUCAGCUCUGUGACUCAGGUCAGAACAGGGCAACUGGUGGAUUUGUGGAGAGAGAGAAAGAGAGAGGGAGUGGAGAGAGAGCAGUAUCUGUUACCCGGAUAACUCCUACCGUUGUAUCACUGGGAAACCCACGAGCAGAUGUGAUGGUGUAGUGAUGCAGAGACUGGUCACAGAGGCAGAUUAUCAGACACUGCACUGAACAGUACACCAGCAAAGUAGAGGCUUGUCAGUAACCUGAAAAGAUGGUGGGACUGAGAAACCGCUCUACAUGGGAACCAUUGCUCCUCAAGACCUCCUGCAUCAAGUCCUGCGCCAACGGCUGCUCCUUGGGCAUCACAGCACACCUUACCUAUGCCAAUGCUGACAUAGAGUCUGUAGAAGGUGUGUUUGUGUACCCUCUUGGGGAAAAGGAGGUGGUGGUGGGUUUUGAGGCUGUGAUUGCGGGCCGACUGGUGGGGGUCCAGAUACAGAGCCGGGGGAAGCUGAAGGACUGCUGCUUGGAUUGCUGCUCUGGAUCUGGUCUUGAAGGCCACUGUGGGAAUGGCAGAGAGUGGGGCUGCUGCGGGAGCUCCAGCCACGACAUUCAGUGCACCAACGGGCAUCUCAUCCUGGAUGAAGACCUUGAAAGAACCACAUUCAUUGUAGGCACAGGGGUCAUUGACCCCAUGGAUAUAGUGUCCAUUAUCAUCAGCACCACGCUUGAACUCCCCACAUUAGAAAAUGGAGCAAUCCGCAUUGUCUACCCCUCGUUACUCACUCCAGUUGUCACUGGCCAGAUGACUCCAAGCAAGAGUGAAAGUGGGGGGAAAUUAGAAGAAACUGGAGCAACCAGCUGUUUUGGUGCCACCUCAGGAAAACAGGACAGGGCCCUAGACUCUGAGCAGCAGUGUGUCCACGCCAUCUUCACCAGUCCAGCUGCCAACCUGGCACCAUAUGAGCUUAACUUCCAGCUGCUUGUCAGAGGGGCCUGCCUGCUGGCCGGACUGGAGAGCCCCACUCACGCUCUGAGGGCAGAUGCAGACCCCAGUGCCCAAAGUGCCUCUGCCACCUACAUCACCUUGGCACAGGAACAUCCAUAUGACAGACACAUAGAGAUCAUUCUGCAUCUCAGUGAACCUCACACCCCACUGGUCAUCUUAGAGAAAGGCAGACUCUCCUUCAGCGAGUACGAACAGCAGAUUUGCUCCCGUCGGGAUUUCAUUCGCUGCACCCGCAAAGACUCAGAACCUGAGAGAAAGCUGGAGUUUGUGAGGAAGCGGCACCACAAGGACAUUCUGAGCAGCCCCGUCUUGAUGCUCAACUUCUGUCCUGACUUGCUGUUUGAACCCUUGGAGCUGCACAAAGCCACCAGAGAGCUACUGUUCCUUGUAGAUCGCAGCGGCAGCAUGAGUGGCACCAACAUCCGUCGUGUUAAGUUGACCAUGGUGGUGGCAUUGAAGAGUCUCCCCUCUGGCACCAUGCUUAACAUUGUGGGCUUUGGCACCACCAUCAAGCCUCUGUUCACCUGCAGCAAGCUUUGCACUGAUGUCACUCUCAUGCAGGCAUAUGAGUAUGUGCAAAGGAUGAGAGCCGACAUGCGAGGCACCAACCUCCUGGGAGCACUGUCCUGGGUGUACCAACAGCCCAUGCAGCGCUCAUAUCCUCGCCAGGUCUUUAUCAUUACAGAUGGAUCCAUUACCAAUGUAGCCAAAGUGCUGGAGUUGGUCCGCAGAAACACAUGUGCUGGCAGAUGCUUUGGUCUGGGCCUGGGUCCUCGAGCCUGCAGGAGACUCCUGCAGGGCGUUGCCAAACUGACAGGAGGGACCAUAGAGUUCUUGGAUGAUGAGGAGAGACUCCAGCCCAAGUUAGUCAAGUCCCUGAAAAAGGCCUUUGAACCUGUGCUGACCGAUGUGCGGAUUGACUGGUACCUGCCAGAAAACAUGGAGGCUCUUCUUUCACCCAACGAAAUUCCUCCGCUUUACCCUGGGAAUCGGCUCAUUGGAUAUUGCACGCUGUACGAUAUGGCAAAUUUCAAAGCAAAAAAGACAGAGUCUCAAGGACAGGGCUAUAAAGGUGUACGUCGUGGCUCCACUGGUUCCAUUUUUGGCCAAUCAAAUGACGAGCUUUCACCUCCUCCUGCCUCCGAACUAAUGCCUGUGGUGACAUGUGCAGAUGGCACCAACUUGGAGGAGGCACUGAGGGAGAUCUCCAGAGAAAUCUCUUCUGAAUUCUCCUGUGCCAGAGACACAGACCCUGGCACCAGCCCAGGUGUGGAGUUAGACUGGUCCAGUGAUGUGAGGAUUAGGAUCCAGGAGAGCUCUUAUAUCCAGGAGCAGUAUGUCCUCACUCGCUGCUCCCUCAGUAGUGAGCGGAGUCUACAGACACAGUCCCACUCACACAUACACGCAUCAUCCAACUCUGAUUCAGCAGGCGGGGCAUUUCUGCCUGACCCGUACUCGUCUGGUUCGGUACUGGACACAGGGUCUCUACCCCAGGGCCUCGAGAAGAUGCCCCCUCCAGAACAGAGAUCAUCCUUGUCUCGCUGGGCAGACUCUACUUGGCAACAAAACCUCUCAGCUGAAACCUCUGACAAUGGGGCGAAGAAGAGUGGGCGCUUGGAUGGAGGCGAAGAAUCUCGAAGGAGACAAAAAGCACUAGCUCGUUCAACCAUGGCAGCACGGAGUUUCUCUUCCCCCCAGGGCGAGUUGGAGAUGCAUCGCCUGAGGAGAGCUCUAGAGAGGGUCUCCUUUGACCAAACACUGGGAGGGAGGCUAGACGAAAGCGAUGGGGAGAUGAAGCCCCCUUCGCGAGGGACACUGUCCCGCAGAAGCCUCACUGACUCCAAUGGUCUCCUGUUCCCUGCCUCUCCUCUGGACUGGGAUAGCUUCACAGACCCAGAGUACCUCUUCACUGGUGUUCUCCCAGAGGAUCCCCCUCCAGGUCAGUGUCGCUCGCUCAUUCACGGCCUGCUGAGUGGCAGGCCUGUGUCCUGGGAAGUCACUGUUGACCUGGGACAUCUCUGGACUUCUGAGGGGCAGGAGACACCAGAGGCUGAGGGAUGUGGAACAGGAGGGGAAGAAGGAAGAGGAAGGGAACCAUGGGAAGAGAUCAUUCACCAGCUGACUGCUCGUUCAGUUAUAAGAGACUUCGAGAAAAUGGCAGAGAAGGAGAGUGAUGUUGGACAUGGUUCAGCUAAGCGGUACCGUAUGAAGGCUAUCCAGACUAGUAAGCAUUGUAACAUCAUCUGCAUGUACACAGCCUUCACUACCACAGAUAGCAACCCCAGCAAAGGCUUGCCAGACAGCAUGGACAUCCACACAGGGAUGCAUUUGGGGAAGAGGUGGAGUUCCCAGUCGGGCAGUCGCAGGCAGAGGGCUUAUUCUGUUGGCUUGGGCAGACGACGCACCAGUAGAGACAGCGAAGAAAUCGAGGACACCUGGAACUCCACAGACAGAGAUGACACUCCUGCCUCACCCUGUAGCCUUACAUCCUGGGACUCUAGUUUGGGGGGUAAUGCCUACUCUGCUACAGCCCCAGCAAUAGCAGGUGCCGCAUGCACUCGUUCACAGCGAUCUAUAGAGAGCAAGUCGAUGGAGAGCUUCUUUGGCACCAGGUUCCCACUGGGCAGACUCAGGUCCUCUAUUUCAUCAGGAAAGCAGAUUCCUCUCAAGUCCCACUGUUUGUCUGCAGAGACUGAGAAACAACCUGAAACUGAAGCCCCAGACUACCUGCCCCUGGUGCGCCUACAGCUGGCAUCAGGAGCUUUUCUUCUGACGGAGCUGUAUUCAGACUGUGUCCAGAUCCCCCUGGACCGCCUAAAAAGGGCUUCACCCUACAGCCUCCACCGCCGCAGCCUCAGCCCACCUUUCCGUUGCACAUCUCCCAGUGCUCCAUCUUUAUCCACCUCUGCCAGGCCUCCGGGUGCUCCCUCUAGUCACCAUGUUACCUUUUCCCCUUCUUCCUCCCUCCUCUCCAAACCAACUGCACCUCCCUUCCACCACACUCCAGACGACACUCCCCUCAUGCUGGAGCCAAGGCUUCGCCGAAGACACCUGUCUGACCGAGACCCUGUCACCUCACCCCCUGACCUCCCCAGCUCUGAGGAGGGCUCCCUGGAGCUAUCUGUUGGCCUCUCCCACAGCCAGAGCCACGGCCAGGCAGAUAGCGGUCGCGGAUCGGAGACAGAUGUAUGCGAAGGCUCUUCGGUGGAGCCAGCUGACCUCCAGGGCAGCUGCCAGUUGGCCCAAGAGGACCUGGAGGGCUCGAGCUGGGCAACAGCUGUGGCUCUAGCCUGGCUCGAACACCGCUGUGCCGGCUACUUCAUGGAGUGGGAGCUGGUAGCAGCAAAAGCAGACUUCUGGCUGCGCUGUCAGGAGCUGCCCGAGGAAGUGGACCUGGCAGGGUUGAAGGGAGCUGCCAGACAGCUGUUCUUGCUGCUUCGCCACUGGGAUGAGAACAUCAAACUGAACAUGCUGUGCUAUAACCCCAAUAAUAUGUGAGACAAUCAUCUCUGAGGAAACUGAGCCAGAUCUACUGAUUUGCAUACUUACUUGUUACCUGUGACUCUAAAGAAGCAAUGCCUUUACAUGGAAAAGUAAAUCCUGUAUUUUAUCUGCAGGGUCAACUAAUACCAUAACCCAGUGCCAAGUUCAUUCUAAUAUUAAGUUGCACAUGAAAGAUUUUACUGAUUGAAAAAUUUAUAUUAUUGUGACAAGGCUACCCUUUACAUGACACUGACCAAGUGGCCUUUUGUUAUAAAUAUGCUUUAUGCAAUCACAAGAAUGCCUUUGACCACCUGAAUGGGCUUUUUGUAGUCUUAAGUUUUAGCUUCCUGUCAGUAUAAUGUUAUUACUUUACCAAAUAUAUAAUCACAAUCGGUAUAAGAUGAGAUUGAUUUUGAUUAUGAGGAUGAUUAUUUGAUAAACCAAUAAAAGAUUACUUUAAAUAAUAUUGUCGGGAAAACACCAUGAGUUCAAAAAGAAGAAACGAAUAGCAUCAGGGUUAAGUGGCAUCUCUGUUUAAUAUAAAAUGUUACACUUCUGCUGUUUCAGUCUAAUUCAUAUUUUUCACAUUAUAUCUACGUAUGUGCUGAUGAGUGUAGGGAGCCACUCACAACAGAGGACAAAUCAAUUAUGAUAUGACAUGCAAACAGCUGUGACUGUCUACAGUUCAGUUUCACACUUUGUGUAAAAUUAUAUAAUGACUGGAAAAGAGUUUUGGCCUUGUACUGGAGAAUACUGAACUUACUAUGCCACAAGCUUAUGCCUGAUAUGCAUUUCAUUUAAAGCUUUCUUCAAUAUAAUGCUUUCUUAAUACAAUGUACAUGAUCACUUCCACUCCAGAAAAUGAGUUUGGAUAAUAUCAUAAUUAUGAUUAGGCCAGCUGAAUUAUGAGCAGACUGUAACUUUAACAUACUAAGUAGAAAUAUAGCCUAUGUAACAAAUUCUUUCCACACAGAAUAACAUUCACAAUUUCCUCCUAGCAUUGUACUCCACUUUUCCUGUUAUGUAUUUGAAAAUGAAACCUGAGAACCCA